CCCGACUCCCACGUUAGUGUGGAGAUGGAGAAUGGAGACUUUUGUUAGUUCCUUACGUCUAAUUUCACUACCGGCUCUUGCAACCUUAAUUUUAUUCCUUUGCCAGUCUGGAUCCUUACAGGUCCCCGUCAUUCCUCUCUCGCUCUACUUCUUGCCACCGCACAAACCUGUUUUCAACACUUCCAGCGACCUUCUCUUCUUACGCUCUUCGAACGGCAACUUUUCUUCGCUCCCUGCCGGUCCCCCAUCUCGUCAAAAUGUCGCCUCAGUAAUGUCAUUGACCGAUUAAUUUUCUGUCCCUAGCAGCCAGGCUAUACCAACGUCUGCCAUGAUUCUGUAACUGCACCGACAUCGCAUUGCCACCUUUGUCGCAAUAUGACUGUCAGUAGCGCGAUAACUCCGCACGUGGUGUCACUCCCACUCCGGGACGACGCGGAGAUAGUGAUCGACAUCUCGUAACUCC